AGCUCGGCCGCCACGCCUCCGUGCGGGCCCUGCUCCUUUAAGGGAAGAAUCCGGCCCGCGGGCGCGGCCGGGAGGGGCUGGCGGCGUGUCCCUCCGCGGGCGUGUCCCUCUCGGGCGCGGCCCACAGCCAGGCGAGCGGCGGUCCGUACGGACGGUGGCGGUCCUCAGGCCAGAAAGGGAGGAAGAGGAGUGUGUGGGUGCUGGGGUAGAAGAGAGGCUCAGCUCACCUCAUGACCUUGCAGAAGGUUCUAAGUGUCUGUCACGUCCUCUUCAUCAGUGGGACAGAGAAGAGGCCCCGAGGUGCUGGCAUCCAGUUCUGAGUGGCUGUCAGAAGUUCCCUAAGAGGACCCGAGAGGAGGCCUCCAGGUGACAGUUGCCAAUCUCGCUGCCCAUUCUGAGGUUCAGGUGCCACUAAGAUGUCCAACCCUUUCCUGAAGCAAGUGUUCAACAAGGACAAGACAUUCAGGCCCAAGCGCAAGUUUGAGCCCGGCACUCAGCGCUUCGAGCUCCACAAGCGUGCGCAGGCGUCGCUGAACGCUGGGCUGGACCUGCGGCUGGCCGUGCAGCUGCCCCCCGGCGAGGACCUCCACGACUGGGUGGCCGUGCACGUGGUGGACUUCUUCAACCGUGUCAACCUCAUCUACGGCACCAUCAGCGACGGCUGCACCGAGCAGUCCUGCCCGGUCAUGUCCGGGGGCCCCAAGUACGAGUACCGCUGGCAGGACGAGCAGCGCUUCCGGAAGCCCACGGCGCUGUCGGCGCCCCGCUACAUGGACCUGCUCAUGGACUGGAUCGAGGUGCAGAUCAACAACGAGGACAUCUUCCCCACCAACGUCGGCACACCGUUCCCCAAGAACUUCCUGCAGGCAGUGCGCAAGAUCCUGUCUCGGCUGUUCCGUGUGUUCGUCCACGUCUACAUCCACCACUUUGACCGCAUCGCGCAGAUGGGCUCAGAAGCGCACGUCAACACCUGCUACAAGCACUUCUACUACUUCGUCACCGAGUUCGGCCUCAUCGACCCCAAGGAGCUGGAGCCCCUGAAGGAGAUGACCUCACGGAUGUGUCACUGAGGGCCCCUCCGGCCGCCAAGGCUCAGGGACAUAGCCCGGAAGUCUGUGCCAGCUCUGUGCAGCCUGUCUCCACGGCAUCACUCCCUCAGCCACAGAGGAGCAGCGGGACCCUGGCUUCCUCCCCCCUUGGUGACUGUGAGCCCUCCGACUCUAACCUGUCCCCUGGCCUGCCUCCAGGGGCUGAACUGGAAUUCUGGACACUGUGUGCUUUCAGCCCCUGGGUUUACACUGUGUUUGUGCCACAGCCUCUGGCACGAGGUGCGAUCUGGAGCCAUUGCCACCCAUCCCUUGUCCCUUCUCUGUCUGUUCGCCCUUGAGGCCAUGACCUUGGUACGUGUGGCCAGUGCUUCUGUCACUCGCCAGCCUGGAAGGGGAGGUGGCACCGAUCUUCUGUUUAGAGUCACAUCAUGUGUGGGUGACCAUGUGGGCAGCCGUCAUACCUCCAAAGAUAUGCCAACAUGCCAGCCCUCCUUGCCCAGUCCUGCUGGGCGUAUCUCUCCAGCACCCCAGGGUGAGAGUCCCAGCAGCGAGUGUCUGAAGGGUCUCUGCGGGUCAGGGAGGAGACACACACUGCAUGCCUGGGAUCCCAGGCCACCCUGACCUACACACUGAGGGCCAGGCCAGCCAGGCUCCAUAACAGGACUGUCUUUAAAAAAAGUAAAGCCAGGCACAGUGUUGUAUAUCUGCAAUCAUAGCACUUAGGAGGCAGAUGCAUGCGGAUCUCUGUGAGUUCAAGGCCAGCCUGGUCUAGAAAAAUGAGUCCAGGACAGCCAGGGCUACACAGAGAAAGUCUGUCUGGGGGGAAAAAAUGGGGGGAUUACAGUGGUGGCACAUGCCUGUAAUUCCAGCACUAGAGAGGAAGAGGUGGGGGAGGGGGCCUCUGAGUUAGAGGCCAGCUGCAAGUUCCAGGACAGCCAGGGCUACACAGAGAAACCGUGUUGCAAAACAAACCAAGGGACAGCUCAGUGGGAAAGUGUUUGCUGCAUAGCCCUGAGUACACACAUCCGACCCUGCACCACGGAAAGCCAGGUGGUGACACUUGCAAGUCCAGCCUCAGAGAGGCGGACCUGGGUUCGCUGGGGGCCAGAGAGAGUGAGGGAAAGGCAACCACGGUCCACCCCUGACUUUCAGGUGUGUCUGCACAAACACACACAAGCCAAUUCUGUCCUGGAGAUCGCUGUCUCCUUUUAUUUCUUUUUACAUUGUUGGUUUUGAUUUUUAAACAGGGUUUCAUUGUGUAGCUCUGAUUGCCCUGGAACUUACCAUGUAGCCCAGGCUGGUUUCGAACUCACAGAGAUACUCCUGCCUCUGCCUCUCAAGUGUUCAGUUAAAGCAUAUAAAGUAAGACACCACAUCCAGUCCAUUCAGAGAAAAAUGUUUUGUUUUUUUUUGUUUUGUUUUUUUUUUUGCAAAACAAGGUUUUGAGACAGGAGACCUGUGUAGCCCUGGCUGUCCUGGGAUUCAUUUUUUAGACCAAGCUGGCGUCAAACUUAAAGAUCUGCCUGCAUCUGCCGUCUGAGUGCUGGGACUCAAGACCUGCAUCACCACACCCAGCCCACCUGGAGGUUUUAGAGAAAAUCUGUAACCACUUUCUAGUGGCUGCCCUCUGGGGAACAGUGUCCAGCGCGUCCUGGGAUCCGCUGAUUAAUUCUCAUGUGGCUUCCACUAGGCGCUGGAUGUGGAGUUCCCUGGAGGGUGGCAGCAGGGACAUUUCCUUCUUCAGUGGCAGCCUAUUGUGUAGCAAAACUUUGUGCGUGACCCCUGUGGAGCACAGGACCAAACUGCAGCAGACCGCUCUGCCAUGCCAUGGAGGGUGGAACGGGGCGUGAUGUCCCUGCGCCAGCCUUUGACCCUCUUGGCCCUUCCCUUGAGACCCCUGCACUGUGAAAAGCCCCGGUUGUUUUCCCCGUGUGCAAGGCUGCCACUGAACUAAGUACAGUUAACAAAAUGUCCAUGCCUGAGCCCGAAGCCUAAGAGGUACCCCUGGGGCCCUCCAGAAGCCACUGCGCCCAGUGCUCCGGCCCUGGAGAAACCCGGGGACCAGCCCUCUUAGGCUUGACUGAAUGUAUCUCACCUGCAAGACUUGGCCACUGUGGGGAAUGCCAGCAGCCCAGGGAGGGGUCCGCCCGCCUCUCCACACCACAGCCCUGCAAGCCUUUAUUCUUAAAUAAAGUGGUCCUCUUAA